UAGCUGCUCUGCACUCCACUACAGAGCUGACACUACAACCGCCAGGUGCGCGAGCGCGUUUCACCUCUGUCAACACGGCGGGCUUACCGAGUGCUGAUUAAAAAAAAAAACGGUUCCAGUUUAGUUAACUAUACAAUUUAGCAGCCAUGGCGGCUGAAACGGACAAAAUAGAACCUGCAGAGAGUGAACAGGACGAAGAAGAGGAUGUAUACGAAGUGGAGAGGAUCAUAGACAUGCGGGUUGAAGAGGGUGAAGUGCUCUACAGAGUUCGCUGGAAGAAUUACUGCUCUGACGAUGACACAUGGGAGCCAGAGGCUCAUUUAGAGGACUGCCGUGAAGUCCUGUUGGCUUUUAAGAAGCAUCUGACUGAGGCUAAAGCCAAGAAAGAAGCUGAAUCCAAGAAAAUUGUGAAAGUGUUGCCAACAAAGAGUGACGUGUUUGACGCAGACUCGGAGAGCGACAGUGAAAAAGAACGUCCGACUGAAUUACCCAUCAAGAAGAAGAAGAAAAAGAAGAAAAUUAGGGAAGAAGAGGAGGAAGAGCCAGUUCCAAAGGAGAAAAAGAAGAAAAAGAAAGACAAACACAGAGAUGUGUUGAGACCUCUUCCGGCGCCAGAAACUGACGAAGAAGAGAGAGCCCCGACCCCACCCUCUCCUCCCAAGGAGAAAAAGUCAGAAAUAAAAAAGCGUUUUGCUGACUCUGACGAAGAUGACGACGAGCCUUUUCCUUUCAAAAAGCACAAAAAGGAGAAGGAGAAAGAGGCUGGAAAGCAUAAGGACAAAAGAGAGGAGGGAAAGAAGAAAAAGGCAAAAAAAGAGCGAAAGAUUGAGACAUCUGAAGAUGAAAUUGCUGCUCCUCUGGAAGAAAACCUGAGUGACGGUCCGUCAGAAUCUCAAAUGGAGGACUCUGGGUCAGCAGAGACUUUAACAAAGCCCAUGGAAAAGGCGAGUUUGGAUGAUAAGUUUAAACAGAAAAAGGGCAAGUGGGAGGUGAAGCUGCAGGGCAUUAAGAACCUCAUGGUUGAGAAAAAGAUUAAAAAAGGUGACAGCACCCAGAAGGAAGCCAGCCUGCAAAAACUCAAAAGUCACAUUUCUAAAAACAAGGAGGACACUGCUCCACAAUCAGACUCUAGUGAUAGCUCAACACUACAUAAAAAAGCUAAGAGCAAAGGAAACGAGACUUCAUCAGGACCACAAAAAACCUCUUCCUCCUCCUCUUCGUCCUCCUCCUCCUCUACAGCUGUGAGUACCAACAAGGUGAAGGAGGAUGAAGCUACUAAAGAGGAGAUGUUAGGACAGAAGGAUGCUAGCGGGUCAACAAACCUGUUUGAAAAGUUCCUGCUGAACUGUGAGGCCAAAGAUCGAGCUCCCCGCAGGCCUCCGACUCUAGAGAAGAGCAGCAGCAAACCCACAAAGUUAAUAGGAAAAAUUGAGAAGAUUUCCAAGCCUGCCAAAGAGUCUCCUUCGCAGAAACCAGAGUUCGACAAAAUGGAGAGGACCAAACAUUCAGACGUUCCCAGACCAGCCCAGAGUUUUGGCUUCACCCUGGACAGUGAUGAGCGAGAAGACGAAUCGUCUGGAAAAGCACGGCCAACUGAUGAUAUCAGAGACCGAAAGGAGAGAGCAGAGGAGGUGCAGCGUCCAAGCUGGGAGAAGAAAACAUCAGCUGAUGACAGGAGGAAGAGGAGAGAGGACAGUGAGCCCAGACUCUACGGGGCGUGUGAUGAGAAUCAGGAGCCACCAGAUGGCACUGACAGAUCUGACAAGGCCCAAGCCACUCUGAGUCUUGGAAUGGACCUCAACCUGGAUUGGAUGACUCUAGAUGACUUCCAGAAACAUCUAAAUGGAGAAGAUGAGAUCUUAUCGGGGCCACCAUUAUCACCCAGUGAGUUGCGAGAUGCUGUGAAAAAUGGAGACUACAUGGCUGUAAAGUUGGCCUUAAACUCCAAAGAGGACUACAAUCUUGAACAGGAGGGGUGUACUGUUGAGAGGAGAUCAUGUGAAGGAAAGACGAGCUUGGUUGAAGAGCGAAGUUCAAGUGGUGCUCUUAGAUUCACUUCUAACAUUAACAAUGCAAGAAAUGAAGAGGGUGUUCCAGCCUCAGCAAAAAAGCAUGUGCAACAAGACUUGGAUUUAAAAAAAACAAACUAUCCUGUCAUUAUAAACACUGAACAAGUAACGGUGAGGGAAAGUGAAAGUACACAAAGUGGGAGCAGUAAUGCUGGAUUCAAGUCAUCCCUCACACCAAUUCAAGAAAAACAAAAGUUAACAGAGGAAGAAAAUGUGUGGGAUAACAAAAGGACUUUGAAUAUGUCAGAUACAAAUGUAAAUACAGAAGUGGUCAAACUGCAAGACAAAGGAACGGAACAAAAAAGCAUGACUAAAAAUAACUGGUCUUCCAAACAAAUAAGUGAUUCAUGCAAUGAAGCAGAGGGGGUGAUUCCAGGUAACUCGGAUGUCACAGAUCCAGUUUCUUUCAAGUCAGACACAGAAGAAAUGGUUAGAAAACCGUCAAGUGACCAGAGGAAAUCCAAGGAGAUCCAUCAACCAACACUGUCAAGUCAAAGAUCGUACAAGAAAGUGCUUGAAACAAACUCUACUAUUUCAAAGAAAGACAAAAAGGAAACCAUUAAAAAGCACUUCUGCUUGUAUUGCAAAAAGCCUUUUCCUCAACUUGUGAAGCAUUUGGAAAAUAAACAUGCAGAAGAAACAGAUGUUGCCCAUGCAGUGCACUUCCCCAAAGGUUCCAAAGUCAGACAGACAUUGCUUGAUCAAAUUCGCAAUAAAGGAGAUUAUGAGCAUAACUGCCAAGUUCUCAAAAGUGGUGAGGGAGAAAUUGUUACCAAAAAACAGACAAAAACAACUGUACCUGUGCGUGACUUCUUGCCUUGCCAGCACUGUUUUGCAUUUUAUCGUAAAACUGAUUUAUGGAGACACGAGCAAACAUGUAAAGUAAGGAAAGGAGAUCAGAAAUCUGAAAAUACAAUCGUAAACAAAGGGCGUAAUGCUGCCUCCAGCUUUAUACCAAUGUCAGAGUUCUUAACUGGAAGCUGCAAGGAAAUCGUUAACAUCAUGCAUCAAGAUGACAUCGCCAAACAUAUCAGAUUUGACCCACUUAUUUGUAAAUAUGGCAAUGCAUUGUCUGCCAAAUAUGACAAUGACAAGUCCCAGUUUGCUUAUAUUGCACAAAAGAUGAGAGAGUUGGGUAGAUUUGUGCUUGCUGUAAAUGAACUUGACAAGACUGUGAAGUACUUGCAUGAAAUAUGUCUACCAUCCAGAUUUGAAUUAGCUGUUGAAGGGGUCAAAAAAGUUGGUGGGUUUGACCCCACUUCAAGUAAAUUUAAAACCAUUUCUCUUGUUUCAAAAAUUGGCUACUCUUUGAAGCGUGCAGCAGAGAUAGCUUUUGGAGAAAGCCGCAUGACAGAGGAUGGUGAAACAGAAAUUGAAUUAAAAAAUUUCAUACACCUACUUGAUACAAAAUGGAACAAGUGUUUUUCUCGCAAAGCGCUUGUCAGUUCUUUAAAGCAAGAAGUCAAAAAAAUUGAUGUAGACAAGUCAACUGUGACCGAAGAUUUGAUGAAGCUCCACAGAUUUAUUACCGGAGAAGAGGAUGAAGCAAGAACUGAGCUAAGACAAAAUCCCAGCAUGUCUACGUGGAAAAAGCUUAGCGAAGCCACUUUGGCAAAUGUCUGUCUUUUCAAUAGAGGAAGAGUAGGAAAUGUAGGUAGGCUUCUCUUACAAAAUUACACUCAAAGAAAGAGUAGAGGUGCAUUUAUUCCCUCGACAGACCAAGUAAGGAAAAGCACAAAACUGGAGUUGGACUUUGGUUCAAGUUUUAUAAGACUGGAACUAGAAGGUCAGUUUGGAAGAAACAUGCUGGUUCUGUUAACAGACAGGAUGGUUUCAUCAAUUGACCUGCUUGUUGAAAAUAGAGUGCAAGCAGGUGUGUCAAAAACCAACCCAUACCUGUUUGCAAGAACUGAAGGGCCAUCUUUUAUUCGAGGACUAGAUUGUUUUCGAAGGGCUGCUAUGGAAUGUGGAGUGAAAAAUCCAGAAGCACUCCUGUCUUCAUCAUUAAGAGAACAGAUAGCCUGCUGUUGGCAGAUCAUGAGCCUUAAUGAACACGAACUGGAUCAAGUGGCAAAGCUGUUGGGAAGAAGCAACCUAGAGUGUUACGGCCUUUCCAAAAAUGCAUCCCAGCUGGAGGAAGUGAGCAAAGAACUGUUGAAAAUGGAUCAAGGACUACUAUCAAGUCCACAGAGGACUCCAAAAGAUGGAACUCGACAAAAGCAACCUUUAAAGAGAAGACCCUGGAGUGAGAAGGAACAGGCGGCUGUGAAACGCUACUUGAGUGACUUCUUCACAAGGAUGAAGGUCCCAGGCAAAAAGGAAUGCAAUGCUUGCAUAGCUGCUGAACCAGACCUUGGAGGAAGGUCUUGGACAGAUGUCAAAAACUAUGUACACAACAGCUUGCAAACAAUACGUAGGAGAAAUAACCAGCAGAAGUUGGAUGGAAAUGAAAGUUUAUUGAAUCCAAAGAGUCCAAAAGCUGCAGUUGAAACCAAAUAUACAAAUGCUGAAGACACAAGUGUUGUGUGUACUAUGACAACAGUAAAUCCAGAACACCUGCAAGAAAGUUAUAUGACCAUGCCGUCACCAGUAAACACGAGAGGCUCACCAACAUACUUCCAAGAGAUGACGACAAGUUAUGCUUCCUUGGCUUCCACUAGUACAGAUAUGCUCUGUACAAGUCAGCCAUUAUUUUCUACGUUUACGGCAUUAAAUGCAACAGAUACUCAAGUGGUUCCUACAUUUACUCCACACAACACUACAAACACCCUAAUGUCUCAUGUGUACUCAUCAGAUAACCAAAAUCUUCCAAUGUCAUCAUUUUAUACACAGAAUGCCACAAGUAUGUUUCCUUCUUCUGUGUAUACCCCACAGGACACAAGUUCAUCAAUGUUUUCUUCGUUCACUAACUUUAAUUCUCCAUGUACUUCAAUGGGUCCUACGUACACACAAUUAAAUACUCUAAGUGCACCGAUGGUCUCUGCAUUCUCAACACUAAAUGACGGAAGUAAAUCUGUGAUGUCAUCGUUCACACCCCUGAACCAUUCAAGUAUCUCCACUUACCACUCAAGCCCACCUGCUACUGCGCAGGUUGUCCCCUCAUUUCAUGGACAAAGUGUUUCUGAAAACACUCAGGUGGCACAGGAAAGUACACCUGUGUCUUCUGCAGGAAAACGAGCUACACAAGGUGUGAAGCCUCAAAAAAGAAGCAAGAGGUUGUGGAGCGAGGAGGAACAGGCAGCAGUGAGGCGUCAGUUUGGAGAGUUUUUUAAACUUGUAAAAGUGCCGGGAAAAAAGGAUUGCGACGCAUGCUUGGCUGCUGAACCUGUCCUUAGCACUAGGACGUGGAGAGAAGUCAAAUAUUUUGUACAUAACUCCAUUCAGUCUCUAAAAAGAAGAAGUCAAACAGAUGCCCCUAAACAAAGUAUACCACCAGAACCAGAGAUUCAGACUUCCAACACUGAGUGGGAUGGUCCAGUAUAUCUGUCACUGUAAAUAAUGGACUUGCACAAAAACAGUAAGGGAUGAAGAUUUUCAUGUUCUCUGGCUUUACUUCCGAUUCAGUGGGGCUUUAAAAUUCAAAAUAUGUGCUUUUGUUUCAUGUAUGUUGACUGUUCACAGUCUCGGUUUUGGUAUUUACAAACAGUCCUGCCAUUCCUUAAGUUAUGAACUUUAUGAUAAAAGCGUGCUGAUGUUUUCAAAAUUAAGUUCAGUGACAAAGUUAUUUGGUGCAUGAAUGUACACUGAGUGGGAAAAUUUAAAGCAGAAUUUUGAAACGUUUAGCUAGCUUAUUUUAAACCAUGCUAAUCUUUCAGACCCCAAGUAAUAUCUUUUAACUUAUACUUUAUUUUGUCAUCGUUUACAAACUUGUACCAGUCAGCGGCAAUGAACAGUAUUAACAUAACCCCGGUGAACCUAUGACUAAAGCUUCCUCCUCAAAGUCACCAGGGCAUUUGUCUUUUUCUCUUGAUAAUUUCCUGUUGCGCAAACUCUAACUUUAUUCUCAUAACUUGCCUGUAUGGCUAUCCUUUCCACCUGUACUGUUUCAGUAGCUUUUUUUGUAAUAUGUGGGGAAAAGAUGUUUUCGAAGUGCUGCAGUCAAUCCUGCCAACUUAAUGCUUACAUUAAUUUGCUUUGCAUCGUUAAACCCCUAGUCCAGUAUUACUGUAUUCUUGCUUCUGCUUGUAGCCUAUACUGUAGGUAGCCUUCAUACCUUGCGGCCUGAAGUUAAAUAUUUAAGCUAUGCGUGUUUACCUGUUUCCAGAGGAAGGGAAACUUAAGCUUUUUGUAACACUAUAUAAUGACUGUUUAGGUUUUUCUUUGUAUUUUACAGAAACUAUCUUAAGGUUCUUAUUUUCAUUGUAUUAUUUUGUUUCAAACAUUUCUUAUCUGGAUGUUAUUUUACUUGUGCCAUUAUUGCUUGCAUUGAAUCUAUAGCUUGAAGUGCCUGUGACACUUGUUUCCUACAAAUACAAAAAUGGAAGAAAACAUCUUAAUAUUUAAGAAAUGUGGCAUAAUACACGGUUUUAACUUUCUUUUUUUUUUAACAUAACUGCCAUUUUUGUUUUGCUUGGUGAGCAACAACAAAGGGGAAAUCCCUGGCUUAUACAAACUCCGACUUGUCGUUUCUCUCAGAUUGUAACUAAAAAUAAUCUAAAGAAACAUCAGAUUCUUCAAUACUGUUUGUGUUGUUUGCUGUUGUAGCAAUGUUUUGUU